AUGGCUAUGCGGCUCAUAAUUCUAUCGCUACUAUGUGUUCCCGUCGUUUUUUGCGUCACCGAGGAGGUUAUCGUCGCGUGUUUCGAAGACAUUUUCCCAUUCACACCCAAGACGAAAGUCGACAGAGUUUGUCUAAUUUCCACAUGUUUUUGGAGCGGAAAAUGACGUUUUCCCUCUUUUCAGCUGGUCACUUCAAUGAAUGACGCCAGUGGUUGGACACAAGUUUAUCAGAUUUUGGAUACGUGGAUGACUAAUGAUUGGGUAAAUAAUAGGGUUAAAUGUUGUCAAAUCGAUCGGAUAUGGGAAAAAAUGUGCUCAGCACCUCGAAAAACCAUUGAAAACCUGGAAAAAACGUGUUUUUGACAAAUUGACUUCCAUGGCCUAGUGGCACCCGACGUGGCUACCAAUUUGCCGUCGGGGGUUCAAUUCCCAGUGGUGGCAAAUCUUUUUUGCUCAUUCUUGAAAGCUAUUAUACGGCCGAUUUUCUCCCAACAAAAUCGAUUGUUUCAGGAAGUCAACGCAAAACUCUCUCAGAACUUGUCCAGCGAAUAUCCACGUUUGGAAUGUCUGAAAGUCGGAAAAAAUGCAAAAAGAGAAGCGAUUCGAUUCAGUGAAUUCCGACGAAAAGUUCCGUAUUUCGAGGAAUAUUUGAAGUUUAGCGUCAAAAAAUUGCAGUACUUCAAGACCGACGAAAUCGAUAUUGUGCGUUUGAUUCUUUAGCGAAUCUUCAAGUCACAACUUCUUUCAGAUGAAACGGAUUUUUCUGGAAAGCGAUAAUACGAAAGAAGGAUUCGAUUUUGACAAUUUCUACACAAAAUUGUCGCUGAAAACCGGAAGAAAUGAGACGGAAAUUGAGGAAAACUUUGGUUUACUCUACAAUGCGUAUCGGAAGUUUACAAAUUCUCAAGAUGGAAUGAGUUAUCACUUGUAUUUGGGAUGCGACGAGUAUAACGAUGAUUUUGUUGAAUAA